AAAAGCCCAUAAAAUAUUUCCUGGUUGAUUUUCCUCGAAUGAAACAGAUAAUAGUGUUAUAUGAACCCUUUGACGGGUUAGACCAUCAUUAUCAAGGAGACGACCCCAAGUCAAUCACAUGGUGAAAUUAACGAUCAUAAAAGAGCCCGGACUGGUAUUACUUUAUCUCGCAUCAACAAAGAUCAAAGAAAGAGUGUGUGAGAAUGGGUUUUGUAGAGAAGAAUGCUUACGCUCUUCAUUUUAUUUUCAUCAUAACCAUAAUUUUGGGAAGUUCUAUUGCAGUCUCUGCAACUAUCUCAGAAGCAAACGCUCUUCUCAAAUGGAAAUCCACUUUCACGAACCAGACAAGCUCCUCAAAGCUGUCUUCGUGGCCCAACAACACAAACAUCAAUAAAAGCUUCUGCACCAGAUGGCAUGGCGUCUCCUGCGACCAACAAGGGAGUAUCAUUAGGUUAAACCUGUCUGACACUUCCAUUGAAGGUACAUUCCAAGAUUUCCCCUUUUCUUCUCUCCCAAACCUUGCUUACGUUGAUCUUAGUAUGAACCGUUUCUCUGGAACCAUCCCUCCCCAAUUCGGAAACCUCACUAAACUCAUAUACUUUGAUCUAUCCUUAAACCAGUUAACUGGAGAAAUCCCACCUGAGCUUGGCAAAUUACGAAACCUCGAAACGCUCCAUCUUGUCACAAACCAGUUGACAGGGUCGAUUCCAUCUGAGAUCGGUCUGUUAACUUCGGUUCGAGAAAUUUCCUUGUUUGAAAAUAUCUUGUCUGGACCAAUACCCUCUUCCAUUGGAAACCUAUCAAACUUGGUUAACCUGUAUCUUUAUACCAACUCACUCUCUGGUCCACUUCCUUCCGAGAUUGGGAACUUAGCCAAUCUUGUUGAGCUGUGCCUUGAUAGAAACAGCAUGACCGGUCACAUUCCUACCAGUUUUAGAAAGUUGAAGAAGUUAACUCUUCUAAACUUGUUUGAAAACAAACUUUCGGGUGAAAUACCCCCAGAGAUCGGUGACAUGACCAGUCUAGAUACCCUUGCCCUUCAUACAAACAAUCUUACCGGUUCAAUUCCUCCUUCCCUAGGAAAUCUCAAGAACUUAACUAUACUUCACCUUUACUUGAAUAAUCUAACUGGUCCCAUCCCCCCCGAACUAGGAAACAUUGAAUCCAUGGAAGAUUUAGAGUUAAGCCAGAACAAACUUACAGGUUCUGUUCCUGAUUCCUUCGGAAACUUUACCAAGCUUCAGUCUUUGUUCCUCCGAGAGAAUAUGCUCUCUGGUUCCAUCCCUUCAGGGGUUGCAAACUCUUCAGAACUAAUGGUCUUGCAACUCGACACAAACAAGUUCACCGGAUUCUUGCCUGAAACCAUUUGCAAAGGUGGCAAGCUUCAGAACCUGACGUUAGAUGAUAACCACCUCGAAGGUCCUAUCCCGAAAAGCGUGAGAGACUGCAAAAGCUUGAUGAGAGCACGAUUCACAGGGAACGGAUUCACCGGAGAUAUAUCUGAGGCGUUCGGGGUUUACCCGCAUCUUGAUUUCAUUGAUCUCAGCCACAACAAAUUCCACGGCCAGAUCUCAGGCAACUGGGAGAGGAGUCCAAAGCUACUCUACUUGAUCAUGUCAAAUAACAACAUAACGGGUCCCAUCCCACCCCAGAUUUGGAGGAUGACACAACUUGGUGAGCUGGACCUAUCUACCAACAAACUCACCGGUGAACUUCCAGAAGCAAUUGGGAAUCUCACGGCUCUGACAAGGCUUAAACUGAAUGGGAAUCAGUUAUCCGGAAGAAUCCCAGAAAGAAUAAGAUUGUUAACCAAGCUUGAGUAUUUUGACUUGUCCUCAAACAGAUUCAGCUCCAACAUCCCACAAACCUUGAACUCCUUACCGAAUCUUCACUACAUGAACCUGAGCAGAAACAAGUUGGAGGAACUCAUUCCCAUGGGACUCACAAAGCUGAUUCAGUUAUCUAAUCUUGAUCUCAGCCACAACCAUCUCACCGGAGAAAUCCCACCACUCAGCUCCCUGGAAAGCCUUGAGAUGCUCGACCUCUCACACAACAAUCUCUCUGGUCAAAUCCUACCGAGUUUCACGGACAUGAAAGCCCUGAGAUACAUUGAUAUAUCGUACAAUAACCUCGAGGGCCCACUUCCUCACAUCCCUGCGUUUGGAAACGCAACCGCGGACGAACUGAAAGGAAACAGAGGGUUAUGCAGUGAUAAUGCAACUAAACAAAGGUUGAAACCAUGCCCAAUCACUUCAGCUGCAAUCAAGAAACCGAAAAAGAAGCUUGUUGUGUGGAUAUUCGUAGUAGUACCGAUCGUAGGAGCACUCGUGAUUCUCAGUGUAUGCGCAGGGGCGUUUACUUACUACUACCACCUCAAGAAACGAAAACCAAGAACUGAAGACAAGUCAGAUUCUGAAAAUGGAGAGAGUUUGUCAAUAAUCUUUGGAAAAGUCAAAUACCAAGAGAUCAUCAAAUCAACCAGAGAUUUCGAUCCAAGAUACCUAAUUGGAACCGGUGGGUACGGAAAAGUCUACAAAGCGAAGCUCUCACUAGGCACAACCGUAGCCGUGAAAAAACUACACGAAACGGUGAAGCAUCAAGAGUUGUUAAACGAGGUGAGAGCAUUAACGGAGAUCCGUCACAGGAACGUAGUGAAGCUACUCGGCUUCUGCUCCAUCCGCCGCCACACGUUCCUGAUCUACGAGUACAUGGAAAAGGGGAGCUUAAGGAAAGCGUUGUCCAACGACGACCAAGCUCAACGGCUCGACUGGGUUAAGAGAAUCAAGAUCGUGAAAGGCGUGGCGUACGCGUUGUCUUACAUGCAUCACGACCGGCCAACACCGAUCGUGCACCGUGAUAUCAACACAGGGAACAUCCUUCUCGGUGACGAUUACGAGGCUAAGAUCUCCGAUUUCGGUACAGCCAAGCUUCUCAAGAAAGACUCAUCUAAUUGGUCUGCCGUUGCUGGCACCUACGGCUACAUCGCUCCGGAAUUGGCCUACGCGAUGAGAGUGACGGAGAAGUGUGAUGUGUAUAGCUUUGGAGUUCUGAUGCUCGAAGUGAUAAAGGGGAAGCAUCCGGGAGAUUUGGUUUCGACUUUGGCUUCUUCUCCGGGGACAACUCUGUCACUGAGAAGCAUUUCGGAUGAACGUCUGUGUAUGCCAGAGGCGGAGAUCAGAGAUGAGCUCUUCAAGAUGGUGAAAGUGGCGGUGCUGUGUUUGCAAGCCAAUCCGCAGCUCAGGCCAACGAUGAUGACAAUCGCCGCUCAAUUCUACUAACUCUUUCAUCACUCUUUAGUAUUUACACUAGGGAGGAUGUGUCAAGCCAUCCAUGGACAUAGUAAUGUCUAAUACUUUUUCUUAUUUUUUUUUUGUCAUCAGUAAUGUUUAAUAUUAUUCCAUUCUAAACUCGUAAACACUAUGGCUAUGAUGAAAUGCAAA